AUGUCAGCACCCCUGAUGAACAAAAUGGCCCAAGAGAACCCCCAGCCAGAUCCUUUUAUCUGUGUGGAUGAUUCCAGCAUGAACUCCCAGGAUGAUUCACAGUUACUGGCUGGUCCCAAGAAAUGGAAGAAGCAUCAAGAACGCACCUCAUUUACCCAAACACAGCACAAAGAGUUGGAGGCUCUGUUUAGCUGCAACAUGUUUCCAGAUAAAAAUCUCCAGAGAAAACUUGCUUUAAAACUCAACCUACCAGACUCAACAGUAAAGAUUUGGUUCAGGAAUAGGCAGUUCAAAAUGAGGAAGCAGCAGCAGCAGCAACAGAAAUCACUGAAGCCACCAAACCAGAUCCUUCCAGCCAAGAACGUGUCAACAGCAUCAAGUCCUCAUUUAUUCCCCCCAACAGUUUCAGAUUUCUGUAGCUCCUUCUCACCUCAGCCCUUAGGCCCUUUCAGUUGGGUGGGGGACUCUAUCCUCACUGAGAGUCCUACAAGUGAUGUCCAAAUCCAAGAUCCUCAGUUGGAGAGGCUGGUGGCCUCAGUUCCUGCUUUGUACUCUGAUGCCUAUGACAUAGCCCAAAUCAUGGAAAUGUACAGUUUUCCUGAUGAAGAUGAGAUAGCCAGCUAUUCUUUCCACUCUCUCUGUCAGUAUCUCUCACCAACAAGGCCCAGUUAGAAGAGUUCCUCCCGUAGCAUCUUUGCUGGUCCAGCUGUAGGUUUACCUCCUGGGCAAACCCAGUUUAGUACAACAAACUGGAGCUUUGCAGCCUUCAUCUUAAGAGAGAGCCCAGAAUUCCAGAACCCCUCGAGUAGUGUGGUGGACUCUGGAUUUCUCUUAUCAAAGUACUAA